AUGGCACGACGCGUUCCUCUCGAUCUUCCAGAGGAAGCAAUCCGAGUGAUUAAGGAGGACGGAGGAGUCAUUCUCACUGCCUUCACUUCAGCCAGCCAAGUCAAGCAAGUGAACCAAGAUGUCAACGAAACUAUGGCGAGAAGAAAAAGUGAUGAGGCAUUCAAAGCCCUUUACAAUGGACGGAUCUACUGCGGUCUUCUGUACGGCCUCAGUGAGACGGCACGAGAAGAAUGGGCUUUGAACCCCGACAUGCAAUCGAUUGUCAAUCACUUUCUCCGGACAGUGAACCCUCCCGAGGUGGACAAGAAUAGUAUGCGGGCGCGCAGCACUAAUGCCAUUCUGUCUCAAGCCAACAGCAUCCUUACCCUGCCAGGCGGCGCCGGACAGGCCCUGCACCGUGACGACAGCAUAUGGCAAAAAGUACAUCGCAGCCAGGAGGAGUCGGGCUAUUGCUUGGGAUCGGAUCUGGGGAUUGCGUUAUUGGUGCCAGGGGUUCAGACAACUCGUGCGAAUGGAGCCACGUUGGCGAAUGAGUUUGCAUGGUGGACUGAGAAGGAGGUGGAGAAAUGGUCGGUCGAUGCGCAAAAGCUGGCGGGCUACGUUACGGAUAAAAUGCUGGGGAUUUGCGAUGAUGGGGAUCCCAUCGAUGCGCUGCGCCGUCACCGGUCAACAUGA